AAAAAAGUGUGACGAUAUAAGUCUCGCUUGUUUAUCCUGAUCAUUACCAUCAUGCCAAGCAUCCAAAAUCCUUCAGCAUUUCUGGGUGUCAUUCUCAGACAGACCACAGAAAUACUCGAUGCGCCAAGACUAAAGACAAUAAAGAAUGCCAUAUUCGUCCUAGUUCUUAUUCACUACUGGUCCAAGUUUUAUACAAAAGUCUUGGUUCUUGGCCCCAUAAGAGCUAUAAAGGAUUUCAAGGCAUAUUUUAUCAAACUCGUAUUCAAGCAACUUCGUCGUCUCCCAUCCGUCCAAGCAAAAAUCGAGGCCGAACUAGGCAAGACCCUCCAGGGCAUGGAAGAAUCCAUGGUCAAGAGAGAAGGCAAUACCACCGAAACAUUAGUACUCCCAGAACAUGGUUUAUCCGAAGAAUAUGUUCUUGCAAACCUAGAACAAUUUAAAAAGAUGAAAUCAGCGGAUUGGGAGAAUGGAAAGGUGUCGGGUACCAUUUAUCAUGGUGGCCAACAACUUACAGAUCUUUUAGCCCGAGCAUACCACAUGUUUGCUGUCGCCAACCCUCUUCACCCAGAAGUGUUCCCCGGUGUGAGACGUAUGGAAGCUGAGUCGGUUUCUAUGGUGUUAAAUAUGUACAAUGCUCCUGAAACUGGCUGUGGAGUCAUGACAAGUGGAGGCUCAGAGAGUAUCAUUAUGGCAUGCAAGGCAUAUCGUGAUAUGUACAAGGAUACAAAAGGAAUCAAUUACCCGGAAAUGAUUGUUCCCGAGACUAUUCAUGCGGCAUUUAUGAAGGCUGCUGGCUAUUUCAAUAUCAAACUUGUCCUUAUUCCAAUUGACCCUGUUACUUGCAAAGUCGACCUUAAACGUGUAGCUAAUGCUAUUAACCGAAACACAAUCAUGCUUGCUGGUUCGGCCGUAAACUUCCCUCAUGGUAUUGCUGAUGAUAUAGAAGCUCUCGGAAAACUGGCUUUGAGACACAGCAUUGGUCUACAUGUCGACUGUUGUCUUGGAAGUUUCAUUAUGCCUUUCCUCGAUAAGGCAGGAUUCCCAACAACAUCUUUUGAUUUCCGUGUACCGGGUGUAACUUCUAUCUCGUGUGAUACACACAAGUACGGAUUUGCACCAAAGGGCUCCUCUAUUAUUAUGUACCGUAACAAAACCAUCAGAAAAUAUCAAUACUUCUUGUGUGCCGAUUGGACUGGUGGUAUUUACGCAUCUCCCGGUGUGGCCGGAUCAAGACCUGGUGCCUUGAUUGCCGGUUGCUGGGCUGCUUUGAUGAGAGUUGGUAAAGACGGUUAUCUAGAGUCGUGCAGGAAGAUUGUCGGUGCUCGUCAGACCAUCGAGAAAGGUGUUCGUUCAAUUUCACAACUCCAUGUCAAAGGAGAGCCAAUUGGACCCGUUAUCGCUUUUGGUGCAAAUGAGCCAAUGAACAUUUAUGAUGUAGGAGACAAGCUUUCUGAGCGUGGAUGGCAUCUGAAUGCUCUCCAAAACCCUGCUGCCCUUCACAUCUCGGUUACUUUACCAUGGGCUCAAAGUGCUGAGCUGUUUGUAUCAGAUCUAAAAGAGGUAGUUGCUGCCCUCGCAGCUGACCCCUCAAGUGGAAAUGGUAGCACCGCAGCUAUUUACGGUACUGCUGCCAGCAUACCCGAUAAAUCUAUUAUCGAUGAUGUUGCCGCAGGCUUCAUCGAUCUUCUUUACAAUGCACAGAUGAACAAGGUUUAAAUAAUCAUUUGAUUUUUCAACUUAAAGACACUCUCAUUCUAUCAUUCAUUGCGUAUACAAUAUAAAUAUCAAUAAAUAUUUAUCUCUCUUUCCUUUCUUC